AUGAGUCUCAUAUGGAAGGCCUUCAGGCAUAAGGUGUUGACUCGGUUGAGUGAUAUGCUGGGCCUCCGCAGAGCCGUGGUGGUGAACACUUGGGAAGUUGCCAAGGAGUGCCUCACCACCAACAACCGGGCAUUCGCCACCAGGCCCAAGUCUAUGAGCUUGGAGAUACUGACCUACAUCUAUGUGAUGAUUGGGCUUCUAAGGAAAGUCCGUGAGUUUGAGGUCCUCGCGUUGGCGAGGGACAUAUGUGAGGAAUACCGAAGAAAGAUCAUUUGUAGCACCGGCGAUUCGAGGGCUGAACCAGCAUCAUCAUUACUUGUGGACAUGAAAAGGUGGUUUGGGGACUUGACUGCGAACAUAAUGUUCAGCAUGACCCUGGGGAAGCGGUUUAAUGACAGUGGCGAAGGCGACGAGGAGGGGAGGAAGGCCUUAAGGGACUGGGUUGGAGCUCAUAGGGAAAUUUGUGGUGUCCGACGGGCUCCCCUUCCUCAGGUGGCUCGACUUGGGCGGCCAUGGGAAGGCCAUGAAGAGGACUGCGUCGGAGUUCGACCGGGUGGUGUAACGGUGGUUGGAUGA